AUGAAGAAAAAGCGUCUCAAAAAAAAACAUUCUCCUCAGAACGAACCAAACACAAAUCACUCGAAAACAACUCAAAAUUCUGCUGUUGUUGUCUUUCUCUUCCGGUGGAUGCUGAGAGGAAGCAGCUCGCGGUGUCUUCGUUCGCUGCUCGCGUCCUCUUUCAUUUCCUCGUCUUUAUCCUCUCCUUCGAAAACUGCGCGCGCUGCUUUUGCCAGCUUUUGUGCUCGAGGAGGACUUUUGAGAACGGAAGGAACGCGUUUUAUUCCAAGUCGUCGUCGUCGUCAUCGUCAUCCGUCUUUGAACGACAACAGAUUUUCCCCGAGUUUAAGUCUGUCCUCUUUGUCGCCGCAUCGGAGAACGAGAAGACCAACACCAGCGAGAGGUACGGAAGGGUUGUUUUUCGCGUCGCUUCCUCCCGUUGGUCCUCAGUUGGCGUCGUUUUCGGAGGCGGCGUCAUCGUCUUUGUCUGUGUUCUCAUCAACAACAACAAACAUGGUGUCCGUGGCGUGGAUAAUCGGCGCGGCUUCGAUUGUUGAUUUUGGCAUCCAACUCGUCGGUUGGGCGAUAUCGAGCGCGAUGAAAACGGAAAAGUAUUACGAUUUGUGCGGGUCCGGGGCGUUUGCCGCGGUCGCGGUUUCCACGUUUGCGUGCACGAACGGGGAACCUCGCGCGGCGUUGGCGACGACGGCGUUGUUGGCGUGGGCGAUGCGCUUGGGCGCGUUUCUCGUCACGCGGGUGCAUAAAGACGGAGGGGAUAAAAGGUUCGACGGGAUUAAAGAAGACCCGGCGACGUUUGGGAUUUAUUGGUUCAUACAAGGGAUUUGGGUGCUGGUGACGGCGAUGCCGGUGAUUUUGAUCAACGCGAACGCGGUGACGCAAGGACCGUUGAGAGCUUUAGAUUGGAUCGGGUUUGCCAUUUUUGCCGUCGGAUUGACCAUGGAAACGGUCGCCGAUCAACAAAAAAGAGCGUUCAAAGCGGACGAGAGGAAUAAGGGAAGAUACAUCGAUAGCGGUUUGUGGAGCGUUUCGAGACACCCGAACUAUUUCGGCGAGAUUACUUUAUGGACCGGGUUGAGUAUGGUGGGGUUGUCCGGCGUGGCGAAAUACGGCGCCGGCGAAAUCAUCGGGUGCGUCCUGUCGCCGUUGCUGGUGACGUUUUUAAUCACGCAGUUGAGCGGGAUUCCGUUGUUAGAGAAGAGCGCGGACGAGAGGUGGGGUAACGAAGAGGCGUAUCAAAAGUAUAAGAGAGAAACGCCGACGUUGGUGCCUUACAUUGGGGGCAAAUAA